AUGUUACAAGACAAACCAUCGCACUCCACGCCCGGCAAGCCUCCGCGAAAUUGUCAAUUCUACCCGCAGUUUCUUACCAUAACGCCAGACGCCAUGUCUUCCUCUGAAAGAAUAACGGUCUACAAUUUGGCGGACCUCAAGAACCACUCGGACGACGCGCUUCCCAACUACCUUAACUCCCUCAAGUUCGCCCAAUCCCACACCCUUACCGACGUCCGCCUAGCACUCGGAUAUUCUGCCUUUCUGGUCGCCGGCGCAUGUUUCCUGUGGGACUACAAGCUCGGCUUUGAAAGCACAAAGUACUACACAGCGGCUGCCGUGGCCCUCUACUCGCUUCUCAAUGGUGCUCUGACGCUAUGGAUCUGGCUCAAGGAGGCGGGCACCGUGUACGAGGGCACAUCUCCUUCGGGCGAGAAGAUUAGCAUCGCAACCUCGACAAAGAAGAACGACCCAACCUACAACAUGAAAAUCACCCUUGCCCACAAGAACGGCGAGAAGAAGACACUUGAACUCUCAAAACCCUUUGCCGAGUGGUUUGAUUCACAGGGCCGUUUCGUCGUCAUCCCUUUUCAGGAGGUCCUCGCCACAAACGUCCCCAUCAUUGGCAAGCUUGAUCCCAAGCGCGUCAAGUCCGUGUCACAGGCGUACUCGGCUGAUGUUCUCGACGCGCUGUACGCCGAGAGCGCGGCGACAGGCAGCGAGGCAGAGGCGAUUAAGGGUGCGAGCAAGAGACGCAAGGCAUGA